AUGCCAGCAGACCUUGAUUUUCCCGUUAUUUUCCUCCUACCUAGUCAUCUAGGAUCCGAAGAGCUUCAAGAACUCGUAGAGCAAAUACCUACUCUGACUUACGACAUCAACGAGGCAGAGGUCAUUCUCGGAAAGAUUUCUCGCAAAGAGCGCGCGCUGUUUGAGCUGAGAAAGCGCAAGCUUGUCACUGAAGAAGUCGAAAAAGAUGAACGCACACCUCCAGCCUCACCUCCUCGGAAGCGAAUCCGACUGUCAGCGACUCCGGCCCUUGGGAGUUCAGAUCUCGACUCUGAUACCUGCUCAGAAGGGGAGAUCCAACGCCGUCUUGUAGGACCAGUUUCCGUUCCCAAAGUCGAACCGACCGUCAAAGUUGCCAAGUUAUCUUGGUUCACCGACUCCCUUUCCGCCGGCGAGGUCCUCCCUCUAGACGACAAAUAUGCCAUCUACCACGGCCGCAAAGCCAUGCAGCCACCCCCUGCUCCAGCUUCAGUCCAAACCACACCUACCAAAUCCACCUCCAACAUCUUGACGCGAGCGCAUAAAGACUCCCACCCGCGUACACCUCCUUCCUCUCAAAAGCGAUACUCCUCCCAGGGUUCCUCCCAAAAACCAGGCUCAACCUACGCCUCCCACCCAGUCACCAAAACCCCCAAACGCCCUGCCUUACUAAGGCAGACAACCUCUGAACACGACCUAGACACCCAUCUCCCCCCCAUCCCCCCUUGCCUGCACACAACCUACUCGUGUCAACGCUCCACCCCAGCCAACCCCCCAAACCAAGAAUUCAUCUCCCUCCUCCUCCAAAUCCGCCUCGCGCGCACCCUGACUGGGGAUAAAAUCGGCGUCCGCGCCUACAGCUCUGCCAUAGCAACAGUAGCAGCCUACCCCUUUUCCUUCCAGACCCAAAACGAAGUCGCCCGGCUCCCCGGCUGCGGCCAAAAGAUCGCGUUGCUAUACCAAGAGUACAAAACCAGCGGGACACUCAAAGAAGUGGAGGAGUACGAAUCCGACCCCAAGCUUCAGGUUCUAAAGUUGUUUUAUGAUAUCUGGGGCGUGGCAGAGACGACAGCAAGGGAGUUUUACAACAAGGGGUGGAGGGACAUUGACGAUGUGGUCGAGUAUGGGUGGGAUGGGUUGACAAGGGUGCAGCAGAUUGGCGUGAAGUAUUAUGACGAGUUCUUGCUCAAGAUACCGAGGAGAGAGGUGGAGGAGAUCGGGGGGGUUAUACUGAAGGAGGCGAAUAAGAUUGAGGAGGGGUUUGGGAUGGUUAUUGUUGGGGGGUACAGGAGGGGGAAGAAGGAGUCGGGGGAUGUGGAUGUUGUGCUUUCGCACCGGGAUGAGGAGGCCACGAGGGGGUUUGUGGAGAGGAUUGUUGUUGGGUUGGAGAGGAGGGGGUAUAUCACUCAUACGCUGCUGCUGAGCACGGCAAAUACGGAACGGGGACAGGAACCGGUUGCUUGGAAGGGGGACUCGAGGGUGGCGGGGAGCGGGUUUGAUACUUUGGAUAAGGCGCUGGUUGUGUGGCAGGAUCCGAAUUAUGAGGGGGAGGGGAGGAAUACCAAUCCGCAUAGGAGGGUGGAUAUCAUUAUUAGUCCUUGGAAAACGGCUGGGUGUGCGGUUAUGGGGUGGACGUCGGGGACAACGUUUCAGAGGGAUUUGAGGAGGUAUUGUAAGAAGGAGAAGGGGUUGAAGUUUGAUAGCUCUGGGGUGAGGAGCAGGAAGGAUGGGGCGUGGGUUGAUCUGGAGAGUGAUCCUGUUACGGGGGAGCCGGCGCCGGAUAUGUUGACGGCGGAGAGGAGGGUGUUUAAGGGGGUUGGGCUGGAGUGGAGGGAGCCGGAGGAGAGGUGCACGAAUUGA